AUGAAGUUUACUACCGCCCUCGCUCUAUUCCCCCUCGCCGCCUCUGCGUGGGAGGUUACUACUGGUUACUGGAAGAGCUCUGAGACCGAUGUUUGCGCAAAGGCUCUCUUGCCGAAGGGCUUCUAUGUCACUAUUAAUGAGCUGCUUCCCGGUCAGAAAGUUUUCUUCUUUUCGGAUGAUGAAUGCGAGGACCUGGAGUUCUCUGUUCACGAGGUGGGUGCCGUGAAGCUCGACAACAGGGUUAAGAGUUUCACAUGA